CUUGGGCAGACAUUGCAACCAUUACACCUCUUCCUACUGUUCUGCCUCAGUCACUGUCUGUGGAAAAGGGCUAUUACUUACUGCAAACGGAGGACUCCUACAGAAGCCAAGAGAAAGAAAGAGAGGAAAAAAGAGUGAGGGAGAAGGAAAGAAGGAAAGAGCUAAAGCAACAACUGGAUGACAGGAACAAACUGACUGCCUUUCUCUGUUCAAAAGAAAAGAAGAAAAACGGAAGGCACUGGAGUAUUUGUUUUUUUCUUUCGUUUUGUUUUUUUCUUCUUUCUCAUCGUGGUGCUGGGAGGCACAUCAUCUUUUCAGUUGUUCGCUCUCUCCAUCAUUUGCCUCCUGAUCUAUUUCUCCAUCUAUAUGGUGUAUAAUUUUGUCUAUUUAUGACGAGACAGGAGAGAAGAGAAAGAAGGGGCAAGUUUGUUUGUUUUUGUUUUUUACUCUGCCACUCAUUUUUUACUAUUUAUGACCCCCUUCAUUCCUUCACCUGUCCCUCCUCGCCAUCACCCUCCUCUGAUCAUCCCCUCUUCUUUCCAUCCCUCCCUCCCUCCCUUCAUCCCAAAAGUGUGACGCUCCCUGAAUGAAAGUUGGGUUAGAAUUGUGAAAGAGACUCAAAAACCAUCUCCACAUCUCCUUAUCGGUUUUUUAAUUCUUUUUCUUUCUCUCUUUUUUUUUUAAACAGUUCUUUUAGUCCUCCACCAUCUACCCUCACGUAUCACUCUUUUUUUCCCUGGAUGCUUUAAUAUUCUUCUAGUGUCAAGAGAAGGACCCAGCAAAGUACGUACAUGGAUACCUGAACCAAUGACGAUUUAAGGCCAGACGCCGCUGCUUCAGCUCUUUCACUCCUGGGCAUCCAGCAGCUCCAGAACUUGUGGACUUGCUCACGAUGAAAACGGACUUUUAGACUAAUCAAGAAAAAUCUUCUUUUCACCUUUUUUUCCAAUUUAUAUCACAUUUUCUAGCCAAUGUAGGCUUUAUCCUAGACUUUGUCCUGGUUCCUUUUCAAUUUUAAGUACAUUUCUUAGAUUUGAUAUAAAAGUUUUCUUCAGUGACUGAACACCGUUUUCAUAGCUCAGACAUUCAAAGUCUUACUUGUCUUUUAUUUGGUCUUGAUUUGUGAGCCAGGCGUCUUUCUUACUUUUCUUGAGUGACUUUUCUUAAUAGUUUUGAUUCUAUAGACAAUACUUGUGCUCAGUCAUCCAGCCUGGAUUAACAGUAGGGUCCAACACUUUCAUCCACGGUCUCUACACCAGUCCUAAUUUUUAUUACCAAUCUCUCAAACUACUUCAACGGUCAGCCACUCCUCCAUCCAGGGCUAUGAGAGGAAGAGACAAGACCCAGCUCACAUCAACAUGCAAGAGUUGAGGAGAGAGAAUGGGAGUUGGGCUGGCAAUGUUCAAGGGACUGUAUCUUCACUCCUCCGCCAUGCUUGUCAGCCUCCACAUCUCCUCUUCCCCUUUCUCCGACCGUCGCGUCCUGUCUUUCGUCUCCCUGGCUUCUUCUUCCAAACCGCCCCUCUCCCUCUCGCUCCUUCUCCUCUCUCUUUUCUUUUUCCCUACCUGCGAGUCUCGCCGUGGAGGCGGGAUCGGGACGCCCAUCGGGGGCAUGAGCGGCGGCGAGCGCGGCCAAUCGAUAAUCAGCCCUCCUCAUUAUCCUCCACCAGGAGUCAAUCCUGUGGGUCCUCCGUUGCCACCAAAGUUUGCUCAAGGCCUUAGCAUCGCAGUAAUCCUUGUGGGAAACUCCAGCGAGGUGUCACUCUCUGAAGGUCUGGAGAAAGAGGACUUCCUUCACGUGCCUCUCCCUCCGAAAGUCGAACUGGUCACGAUGAAUGAAACCGACCCCAAGAGUAUCAUAAACCGCAUCUGUGCUCUGAUGUCGCGGAACUGGCUCCAGGGUGUGGUGUUUGGGGACGAUACCGAUCAGGAGGCCAUUGCCCAGAUAUUGGACUUCAUCUCGGCUCAGACUCACAUCCCCAUCCUGGGCAUCCGUGGAGGCUCUUCCAUGAUCAUGGCAGCCAAGGAUGACCACUCCAUGUUCUUCCAGUUUGGUCCCUCUAUAGAGCAGCAGGCCUCUGUCAUGCUUAACAUAAUGGAGGAAUAUGACUGGUACAUAUUCUCCAUCGUCACCACAUACUACCCUGGAUACCAAGACUUUGUCAAUCGGAUCCGGAGUACCAUCGAGAACAGUUUUGUUGGCUGGGAGCUGGAAGAGGUGCUGCUGUUGGACAUGUCAGUAGACGAUGGCGAUUCAAAGAUCCAGAAUCAGAUGAAGAAGCUCCAAAGUCCUGUUAUACUACUGUACUGCACUAAAGAAGAAGCCAUGACCAUUUUCGAGGUGGCACAUUCUGUCGGCCUCACUGGCUACGGCUACACCUGGAUCGUACCAUCUCUGGUGACAGGGGAUGCAGAUAAUGUACCCAGCGUCUUUCCAACAGGUUUGAUCUCUGUUUCCUACGAUGAGUGGGACUAUGGACUGGAGGCUCGAGUGCGUGAUGCUGUAGCCAUAAUCGCCAUGGCAACCUCCACAAUGAUGCUGGAUCGGGGUCCUCACACGCUGCUUAAGUCUGGAUGCCACGGCGCACCUGACAAGAAAGGCAGCAAGUCAGGAAACCCCAACGAGGUGCUGAGGUACCUCAUGAAUGUGACAUUUGAAGGGCGCAACCUCUCCUUCAGUGAGGACGGUUUUCAGAUGCACCCAAAGUUGGUUAUUAUACUGUUAAAUAAGGAGAGGCAGUAUGAAAGGGUCGGUAAAUGGGAGAACGGGUCUCUGGCUAUGAAGUACCACGUGUGGCCUCGGUUCGAGCUCUACUCGGAUGCUGAGGAGCGGGAGGACGACCACCUGUCCAUUGUUACGCUAGAGGAGGCUCCAUUUGUUAUUGUGGAGGAUGUCGACCCCCUCAGUGGCACCUGCAUGAGGAAUACAGUGCCGUGCAGAAAACAGCUCAAACUCCAAAAUCAGACAGGAGAUUCAGGGAUAUACAUUAAACGCUGUUGCAAGGGCUUCUGUAUAGACAUCCUCAAAAAGAUUGCCAAGUCCGUAAAGUUUACCUACGAUCUCUACCUGGUGACCAAUGGGAAGCAUGGGAAAAAGAUCAACGGCACAUGGAACGGCAUGGUUGGAGAGGUGGUGUUGAAGAAUGCCCACAUGGCAGUGGGGUCCCUGACCAUUAAUGAAGAAAGGUCAGAGGUCAUUGACUUCUCUGUGCCCUUCAUAGAGACUGGGAUUAGUGUCAUGGUCUCUCGUAGCAAUGGCACAGUGUCGCCUUCUGCCUUUUUAGAGCCCUUCAGCGCUGAUGUCUGGGUAAUGAUGUUCGUUAUGCUGUUGAUAGUUUCAGCCGUGGCUGUUUUCGUUUUUGAGUACUUCAGUCCUGUUGGCUAUAAUCGCUGCUUGGCAGAUGGACGAGAGCCCGGCGGUCCCUCCUUCACCAUCGGAAAAGCUAUUUGGCUACUUUGGGGUUUGGUCUUCAAUAACUCUGUGCCCGUACAGAACCCCAAAGGCACUACUAGCAAGAUCAUGGUCUCGGUCUGGGCCUUCUUCGCUGUGAUUUUUCUGGCCAGCUACACUGCCAACCUGGCCGCAUUUAUGAUUCAAGAGGAAUAUGUGGACCAGGUGACGGGCCUGAGUGAUAAAAAGUUUCAACAUCCGAAUGACUUCUCCCCUCCAUUCCGCUUCGGCACUGUGCCCAAUGGCAGCACGGAGAGAAAUAUAAGGAACAACUACAAAGAGAUGCACAGCUAUAUGACCAGCUUCCACCAGAAAAACGUAAACGAGGCCCUCCACAGCCUCAAGAUGGGUAAAUUGGACGCCUUCAUCUACGACGCAGCAGUCUUGAACUACAUGGCCGGACGUGAUGAGGGCUGUAAACUGGUGACCAUCGGCAGUGGUUACAUCUUUGCUACUACAGGGUAUGGCAUUGCCAUUCAGAAAGAUUCAGGCUGGAAGAGAGCAGUGGAUCUCGCCAUUCUACAGCUCUUUGGAGAUGGUGAGAUGGAGGAACUCGAGGCCCUGUGGCUGACUGGCAUCUGCCACAAUGAGAAAAAUGAGGUGAUGAGCAGUCAGCUGGAUGUAGACAACAUGGCAGGUGUGUUCUACAUGCUGGGAGCUGCAAUGGCCCUGUCCCUUAUCACUUUCAUCGCAGAGCACCUCUUCUACUGGCAACUGCGAUUCUGCUUCAUGGGUGUGUGCUCGGGCAAGCCUGGCAUCACCUUCUCCAUUAGCAGGGGCAUCUACAGUUGCAUCCAUGGUGUUCAGAUUGAAGAGAACAAAUCAGCCCUUAACUCACCGUCAGCCACUAUGAACAUGAACAUGAACAACACUCACUCCAACAUUCUUCGUUUGUUGCGUACUGCCAAAAACAUGACCUCUGUGCCUGGGGUCAAUGGUUCACCUCGCAGCGCACUGGACUACAGCCAUCGUGAGUCAGCCGUUUAUGACAUCAGUGAACACCGGCGCAGCCUAGUAGGCCAUACAGACUGCAAGCCUCCACCAUACCUGCCAGAGGACAACAUGUUCAGCGACUAUGUAAGCGAGGUGGAGAGGACUUUUGGGAAUUUGCACCUGAAGGAUAGCAACCUGUACCAGGAUCAUUACCUACACCACCAUGGGGGCACGGGAUCCGAACUGGCUCUCGGUAUGUCGGGUCCCCUGCCUAACCGACCUCGUAGCUUAGGGAGUGCCAGUUCAUUGGAGGGGGGGUACGAUUGUGACAGUUUAGGGGAAGGGGUAGCGCCCAUCUUCACCACCCAGCCACGGCAGUCGCUGACACAUCGGAACAGGGAAAAGUUUGACCUGAUUGCGGGUCACCCAACCCAGUCAAGCUUCAAGUCCGGCCUGCCGGAUCUAUACGGAAAGUUCUCCUUCAAGGGUGGGGCAUCCAGUUCAGGGUUUAUUGCAGGACACGACAGGUACUGCGGGGGUGGUGGGGUGGGUUCAGGAGGGGAUGACGGAAACAUUCGAUCUGACGUGUCCGAUAUUUCCACUCACACCGUGACCUACGGGAACCUCGAGGGGCACGGCAAACGACGCAAACAGUACAGGGACAGCCUAAAAAAGAGACCCGCUUCUGCCAAGUCUCGCCGGGAGCAGGAUGAGAUUGAGCUUGGCUUCAGGAGACGUCCCCAUCACACAAUCCAUCACCAUCAUCACCACCAUCAUCCAGCAACACAAGCACACCGCUCAGCCACCCCACCCGUGGAGCGCAAGAGCCUGAGAGGUGGUAACAGCACCUCAUAUCUAUUCAGAGACAAAGAGAAUUUGAGGGACUUCUAUGUGGACCAGUUUCGAGCCAAGGAAGGGGCAUCCCCAUGGGAGCAUUUGGAUUUAAGUGAUGCUCCAGGAAUGGGUGGAGGAGUGGGACUGGGUGGAGGCGGUUGCGGUGGAGUAGUUAGUAGCGGUGGUGCUGGGGGAGCGUGCACUAGUUUGGUUCCCAUGGAAGAUUUCCUGAAAGGUAAAUCCAAGAAGACAGAAUGUAAGGGUGGAAUGGGAGGAGGAUCGCCUGGGCAACAGGGCCAUGCAUGCUGGGAAAAGGGCAUCGGAGGGGUGGGGUUGGCUGGAGGGGAUUGGGAAUGUCGAAAUUGCCACAGUGGAGGGGUUGGAAGUGGAGGAAGCAAGCCAGUUUGCAUGCAUGGGGGAGGCGGGGCUGGGAGCUAUCCAGCUGCUGGGGGAGUUGGGGGAACCAGUGGAGGGAGUGGACAAAUCUCAAGCCGCCCUAGUUCAGCCACCUGCAAGCGGUGUGAUUCGUGCAAGAAACCGGGCAACUUGUAUGACAUCAGUGAGGACAACCACCUCCUCUUGGAUCAAACUGGGGUCAAGCACCCUCUGGAGAGCGGAAAGGGAGGGGGAGGCACAGGGGCCCAAACCCAGGUACAGAGGCGGAAAUUUGGCCCAGGUGGUAAGGUUUUGCGCAGGCAGCACUCUUAUGACACAUUUGUAGAGCUGCAGAAGGAGGGGGCAGGCAGGAUGGGUGGGUUUGGAGGCAGUGGCGGAGCAUCGAUGCUUCCUCCACCCCGAAGCGUGAGCCUAAAAGACAAAGACCGCUACAUGGAGGGCACGAGCCCCUACGCCCAGAUGUUUGAGCAGUAUGCGGGAGGGGAGCGGGAGACAUCAUAUUUUGGGGACAGAGGGAAGGGUGGGGGUUCAUCAUUUAGCUUAUUCCGUGGGGGUGAAGGUGGGUUGCACCGUCGCUCCGUUGGUGAGAGAGACAUGAGGGACAGGGAUAGAGGCAUGAUGGGAGGAGGUGUGGGCGGUACCCGAGGGGUCGGGACUUACUCCUUGUCUAAAUCUCUCUACCCAGAUAAGGUGAACCAGAACCCAUUCAUCCCAACCUUCGGCGACGACCAGUGUCUAUUACACGGCGCCAAAUCAUACUACAUCAAAAAGCAGCAGGCACAGCCGCAGCAGCAACAGACGCCACAACAGCAGCAGCAGCAACAGCUCCUCAACAACAGUCGGGCUGACUUCCGGGGCUCCAUGGGGGUGACUUCCUAUUUGCCUGCCUCCGCAACUUCUGGGGUGCUGUCCAAUGUGGCCCCUCGGUUCCCCAAGGAGCUAUGUCUGGGCGGGCCUCUUGGCAACCACCACGGUGGAGGACCUAGCAACAACAAGCUGCUGUCAGCAAGGGAUGGGUUAGGAAUGGGUCAAGGACAGAGACCGUUUAAUGGCUCGAGCAAUGGACAUGUUUACGAGAAGCUUUCCAGUAUAGAGUCUGAUGUCUGAAGAGGGAAGUCAGAAACAGAUAAAAAUGCAGAAAAGAAGCCAACGGACAUGCGGAAUGAUGAUUGAGAGAAAACUGAAAAGGCAGCGUAUAAUUAGUUCUUUCAUGCUCACGAAAAGAAGAGGAAACCGUGUGUGAGGAACUGACUCAUGCUUUCUUUAAGUUAUGCGGAUCACGCGCUGCCAAGCAUACGUAUGUAAAUAGAGAGAGGGGACCUGCCCACUGUCAAAAAGUUGAGAUUAGGGGGAAAAAUCUGUUUAUUCCUCUUUUAUUCUAUUGUUUUUUGUAUAUCCCACAAUUUCCCUGCUCCCAACAUCAAAAUAGCGGCCAAUCCAAAUGGAGACAACCGUGUACAAUCCUUUGUACAAUUGUGGAUGGAAAUCAGUUACUCUUUUUAAGCAACAGGGUAAAACUUACAAUAAUUGUAUUGAUAAUGUUCCUGAUAAUAAUAUUAUUAUAUAUUAUUACAAUGUUUAUGAUGUUCCAUUUGGGCUUGGUUUCUGGAUGUUUUAUGCUGUUAUAUAUUUGUACUGUAGUUUCAGUUCUUAGUUAACAAACCACUUUGCGGGAGGCUUUUUUGAUUUGUCAACUGAGCUUAUUUGAUUGUUAAUUGAGUUGUAGACAAACUUGGAUUCCAUAAGGUUCUUUAUUAUUGAUUAUUCAAGUUUAUUUUACCAGUAUGGAGUGCUGUAAAAUGUGUGUACAAGGCAUGAUUUGCAAAGUACUUCAGCUGUACUUGAGAUAUCAUUGUAAAGGAAAUGUAUUAUCACCUUAUUUUUACAGUGUUCCGUUUGUUAGAACAAUAUUGGUUUAAUACACAGCACGUUAUGUGCCUUACCAAGACUUACAGAAUACCUGGUUUACAGGUCAUAUUGCCAUGGUAACUUUCUGGUCACUGCACACAGACUUGUCAUUGGAUGAUUCAUAUUAUUCUGGAACGUUCCUUUUAAUGGUAUAAAUACUGACAUGGAAUAUCCAGCAUUGAGGAGACAUAAAGUAGGCUAAAUGUGUUUACAGUAUUAAUAUCGAAAACCAGAUAAAUUAUUGUUUGAAUAGCUUUUAAUAAUAGGAACAUAGGAUAUUUGAGGUUUGCACAACAUUGUACAGUACACAAUAUCCUUCCUGAGUCAAGACGUGGGGUGUUACACUUGUAUGGUGUUACCUACAACAUAGAAACAAAGAUCAAUUAAUUAAUUAAUUAUUUUUUCUCCACCAUCCCCGAAUUCUGAGGGAGUCUUUGAUCAAGCAGCAAAAUAACAACUGUGUCAUGGAUUUGUUUUUUCUUAGAAUGCAGUUAGUAUUGGAUAUGCUCAUCUAUACUUUCCUUAGGGAGAUGCCGGUACACAGUUUGUAGGGUUUUGCAAGAUUCUCAGCAAAUACUUGCAUUUUGUUAUGUAAAUAUAAUUUUUUUCCACUCUGUACAGUGAAUAGACAGAAAGGAUGUAACUCUACAGAUCUAUGUUUUACCAUAUUUUAGGCAUUUCAUUAAAGGUUAACAAUCCAACUUUGCUGCAAAAUGUAUCAGUUAAAAAUGAACGAAUGGACAAACAUUACAAUUUUUUUUAUGUCCUCCCUACUGUUAUUCAGGCUAAUACAAUCCUUUACUGCACCUGUACAGGAGAAGUGAAAUUUUGUAGAUAUUUUAGUUUACGCCAGUCAGAGUGCUUUUUUUAAAUAAAGACAUGAUAAUGGUGGGGAUGACUCCAGUUAUUUCCCCUAUCCAUUUGAUGUUAAUUUGCAGUUUUAAUACCCUAUGAAGUAGAGGUAUUUCUCAGGAAUUUUGGAUGGGCACAGGCAAAAACAAACAUAUCAUUUAGCUAAUUUGCCUAAUUACCUAAAUCAAUAAACCAGUGAACUCAUUUAAUUGGAUAAAUGAGAGCCAUGUGAGGUUCAUUGCAAGUACUUAUGAUUUUUCCCCCAUCGUUUUCCAAACCACAAAUUAACUCAUGGCAGGGCAGUCUGAAUACAUUGUCAUUUUUUGAACUUUUGGCCCACAUCUUAGAUAAAAUCCUUUACUUGAAAUUUGUUGUGUUUAUUGCAGAUUUUCUUUAUACACUUUCUUUGUGAAUGAACUGUUAGCCAAACAGAUCUCCACUUUAAGCACAAUAUUUAUAAUAUUCGGUUUAUAAUUGAUGUAUAGCUAUCGAUUUGUGAAUUUUUAUCUUAACUUUCUGCCACAUUCUUUUUUGACUCAGUUGUCUUUGUGUGUAAGAGUUUGUGUUUAAGAUGAGCAUGCAUGUCUUUUACUUAUUUAUUGCCAUAUCUUUAGCGUUUCAUACAUUUAUGUCUAUUUAGAUAUCAUGCCUGCUCUUCGUGGGUGCAAUAUGUUGAUAAACUGUGCAUCAUACAGGUUCGGGUUGUACAAUAGAUGUGGUGUUUCCAAUGAAUUGAUAAGAUCUUCGAGAAACGGAUAUGUAUGGAAGAAUAACUCGUUAAGGAAAUUAACCGGCAAUCCCAGAUUUGGGUUAUAUUGCUAGAUUUCAUCAGGAAAUACUGCCAUUAGUUAAGCAGCAUUUUUAAAGACCAUUCUUGUGUCCACUUUAGGCUAAUUUUGUCUUUUUUUGUCACAGGAUUUUUUCACGAUACCUUUCUUUGCAUGGUACCAUUUUUCUAAAGUACCCUUAAUAUUUUUUAUGCUUGGUCUGUUUUUCUCAUUUUAGUUUUAUUUAGUAAAUCCUUUAAAGAUAUCUCAUGAGAUGUCUCAUAACGGUGUGGCAUUGCUUUAAGAGCUAUAGGUGUGGUAACAGACUUAGACCACUGCAUUUCCUGUCAAUCUCUGUGUUUGUACCGCAGAGUCGAGCCUACAGUUUUUAGUAGUAGUACUAUGUAGAAAGUAGUAUUGUGUGAUUGGGUGUGUGAGUGCCAGGGACAGAUGCCUUUGCUCUUCCUGAAAAGCUUUCCAGUUUUAAUUCUCACUUUAAAGAUGUGGCCUUGUAAAAGCACGCUAAUAUAACAUUUGAUAAACACAGGUUAAGUGUGAGACAACAUUUGCAGCAGAAGUUACAAGGGAGGUGGGCCGAUAAAAUGGGCGGACAAGGAUGGAGGGAUAGUAGCCAGUGUUCUGUGUUAUUUCAGUGUUUUUUUCUCUUUUCAUUCAUUCUCAUUUGAACUAAUCUCUUUCUUUUUGACUGGUAGGAUAAGACUACAGUAGUUUGACUCUAUUUUACUAUUUACGUCAUUUUAAUGCCCUCCCCAGUAAGGUACGUCACAUAUGAUUGUACAUGUAUCUGAAAUCAUAUGCUUGAUUACCUCUGUAUGUGAGUGGGCAUGUGUGCGCAGAGUGUGUGUGUGUGUGUGUGCACAUUUGUCUGUGCACGUGUGUGCGUGUGCGUGUGUGUGUGUGAAAAGGAAACAGAGCACAGUGCAAUGGUUAUCUAUUAUGUCUGCUGUAAAUAAUUAUGUCCCCUUUCCAUAGCCUUUUAAUAUAUGGAGACAAAUAUUUAAAAUAAUGAAAUUUGAGAUACAUUUUUGUCUGGAAGAUUUUUUAUAGCCACAUGGGGAAAAGUUAUUAGACCACUGGACCAGGAGCACAGUGCCAUUCUAAUAGCAUCCGAGAACCAGAAUUUAAGACAAAAUUUACACCUCUGUUGUCUUCAAUUCUGUCCUUCUUGUAUUUUAACCACUUAUUUUAAAUGUUACCUAUGGAUCAGAACUGUACAGAUUCUGUAAAUAUGACAAAAUUUGUUUCUUUUUUCUGUUUUUGUAUAGAGAGAGAUUACAUGUGUUAAGACUACAAUAAUAAUUUAAUGAGACAUUUCACAAUACGUAAGCUAUUGAGAAUACAGACACAGUGUGAAAACAAGUGCUAAGAUAUAUUCUUCUGUCUCUUUGUACAAAACAGUGUUGACUAAAAACAAAAUAAAAGGGAGAUAUCUCAA